UUAAUUAAAUUAAGUCGGCAAAUGAUCUACAGGACAGAAUUGGCUAGGAAUACUAAAAAUCCUGAAUGGAAGCCUUUUGAACUAAGAGUAAAUCAGCUCUGCAAGGGGGACAAAGGGAGUGAUUUCCUCAUUGAGUGCUAUGAUCAAAGAGAGGCUACUGGAAACCAUCAUUUGAUCGGAUCAACACAAACAUCCCUUAAUGCACUGACCUCCCAUCAACAGAACCAACUUGAAUUGAUCAAAACAAAAAAGAACAAAGGAGUGCCUUUAAAGGUCCCAAAAGGGAUUCUUCAUUUUAUGGAUGUUCAGAUUCGUAAAGAGUUUACAUUUCUUGAUUUUAUCGCUUCUGGUUUGCAACUUGAAUUUGCAGUUGCAGUCGAUUUGACUGCUUCGAAUGGCGAGAUUUCUAAAUCAAGUUCAUUGCACUAUGUGAACUCACAAUAUUUGAAUCAGUAUGAAUGUGCCAUAUGCGCUGUAUUGGAAAUAUGCGAACACUAUAAUCAUUCCAAAAUGUUUGAAACUAUUGGUUUUGGUGCCAAAAUCCCACCAGCUUUUACAGUUAGCCAUAUGUUCCCUCUGAGGCUUAACAAUUUUGAACGUUCAGUUGAGGGAAUCCAAGGUGUAUUAGAUGCAUAUAGGUAUGCCAUUGUCAACACACAAUUAUAUGGGCCAACUAAUUUUGCUCCUACAAUUCGUGAAUUUGUGCACAAAUGUCAGCAAUUCCCUAGGGACGGUACUAAAUAUCAAGUGCUAUUAAUUUUGACUGAUGGGAUAAUAACUGACAUGCAAAACACAAUAGAAGCAUUAAUUGAGGCUUCGCAUGAGCCUCUUUCAAUUAUAAUAAUUGGAAUUGGCAAAGAAGACUUCAAGAAAAUGGAGUUUCUAGAUUCAGACAACCGUCUUUUGACUUACAAUGGGAAUGUGGCAUCAAGGGAUAUUGUGCAAUUUGUCCCAUUCCGCGAAUUUAUCGGUUCUGCAUGGGGCAUAACGCCUGAAGAACAAGCUAUUCUAAAAACUCUUUUGGGUCGAGAAGUGCUAGCAGAAUUGCCAGCUCAGGUGUGCUCAUUCAUGAAGGCAAAUUCAAUUGUACCCCUUCGAUCUCGAGCCCCAUCUGAAUGCGCUAUGAAAAAGCCACAAAUAUUCGCCCAUAAACAAUUGCAACUUAACUCAAGACUUGGCAGCUUAAAUUCUACAGUAAAUCCUGAUCAGCAACAAUCAGGAACGAGUUUACAGAACUUACCUCCCGAUAUUGAAAGAUUUCCUGAAUCUGUAAUAGCAAAACCUCCAUAUCCUGAAUUUUAA